UGACCAGAGACUGUGGACAGUACAGGAGAUGACCAGAGACUGCGGACAUAGUACAGGGGAUGACCAGAGACUGCGGACAUAGUACAGGGGAUGACCAGAGACUGCGGACAUAGUACAGGAGAUGACCAGAGACUGUGGACAGUACAGGAGAUGACCAGAGACUGUGGACAGUACAGGAGAUGACCAGAGACUGCAGACAUAGUACAGGGGAUGACCAGAGACUGCGGACAUAGUACAGGAGAUGACCAGAGACUGCGGACAUAGUACAGGAGAUGACCAGAGACUGCGGACAUAACCAGAGACUGCAGACACAGUACAGGAGAUGACCAGAAACUGUGCAGUCUCUGGUCAUCCCCUGUACUGUGUCCACAGUUUCUGGUCAUCUCCUGUACUGUGUCUGCAGUCUCUGGUCUUCUGUACUGUAUCCGCAGUCUCUGAUCAUCUCCUGUACUAUGUCCGCAGUCUCUGGUCAUCUCCUGUACUAUGUCCGCAGUCUCUGGUCAUCUCCUGUACUAUGUCCGCAGUCUCUGGUCAUCUCCUGUACUAUGUCCGCAGU